AUCACUGUGACUUAAAUGCCUACCCAGGUGGCCCACCUGGGCACUCACUCACUAAACACCACCCGGCGCUCGGCGCCCCACUGGCUUCCCGGACCCUGGCAGCCGCUCAGUAUCGAUUACAGAAAAAAUUCGGGCGCCCAGUAGCGCAGCGGCGCAAAACAAUCGCCCAGCACCCCUCCGCCUGGUGUAUCGCACGUUUGCCCGACAACUUCCAGCACGGCCCCGGCACAGUACCUGCCGACGACGUAGCAGCAUGGCGAUCCAGAAGAAGCACGGAAAGGGGCGUUUGGAUAAGUGGUACAAGCUUGCCAAGGAGAAGGGAUACCGUGCCCGUGCCGCCUUCAAGCUCAUCCAGCUCAACAAGAAGUAUGGCUUCCUCGAGAAGAGCAAGGUCCUGCUCGAUCUCUGCGCCGCGCCCGGCUCGUGGUGCCAGGUCGCCGCAGAGACGAUGCCGCAGAACUCUCUGAUUGUCGGAGUCGAUCUCGCCCCCAUCAAGCCAAUUCCUCGGGUCAUCACCUUCCAGAGCGACAUCACGACCGAGAAGUGCCGUGCCACCAUCCGCUCCCACCUCAAGACAUGGAAAGCCGACACCGUCCUCCACGAUGGCGCUCCCAACGUCGGUACCUCGUGGGUACAGGACUCGUUCAACCAGGCCGAGCUCGCCCUCCAGUCCAUGAAACUCGCGACCGAAUUCCUGAUCGAGGGCGGAACUUUUGUUACCAAGGUUUUCCGCUCCAAGGAGUACAACAAGCUUCUCUGGGUGUUCAACCAGCUCUUCGCAAAGGUCGAGGCUACGAAGCCACCAUCGUCCCGAAAUGUGUCUGCCGAAAUCUUCGUCGUGUGCCGUGGUUUCAAGGCGCCAAAGCACCUCGAUCCCAGAUUCCUCGACCCCAGGGCUGUCUUUGCCGAACUUGCAGAUGCUGCACCCAACAACGAGGCCAAGGUCUUCAACCCCGAGGUCAAGAAGAGAAAGAGAGAUGGUUACGAGGAGGGAGACUACACACAGUUCAAGGAGCUGCCAGCCAGCGACUUCAUCGAAACGAUAGACCCCAUUGCCAUCCUGGGUAGCUACAACAAGUUGUCUUUCGAACAGCCCAAGAACGGAAAUGUGGCUCUUGCCGCCCUGGACAAGAUGCCUGAGACUACCGAGGACAUCAGGUUAGCCUGUAAAGAUCUCAAGGUUCUUGGCCGGAAAGAGUUCAAGAUGCUGCUCAAGUGGCGCCUGAAGGCUCGCGAGGCUUUCGGCCUCCCAACAAAGAAGACUACAGCGGCUGCGAAGUCGGCUACCGAUGAGGGCGAGCAAGCAGAAGUCGAAUCAAUGGAUGAGGAGCUCAAGAUUCAAGAAGAGCUGCAGGCCAUGAAAGACAAGGAGAGUGCGAAGAAGAGACGCGAGAGGAGAAGGGAGAACGAGAAGAAACAGAAGGAAAUUGUCCGCAUGCAGCUGCAUAUGACGGCGCCCAUGGACAUUGGUCUGGAACAGGUCGGGCCUCAGGGCCAGGACUCCAUGUUCAACCUCAAGCAAGUCGAUAAGCACGGAGCUACGAAUAAGAUUGCCAAGGGCAAGAUGGCUUUGCUCAAGCAAAACGACCAAAAAGAUCAGGACAGUGGCAUCGGUUCCUCGUUGGACGCCGAAGACGAGUCGGAUGACGAGGAGGACCGUCUUGAGCGCGAGCUCGACAACAUGUUCGACCAGUACAGGGAGAGGAAAGCCGAGGCCGACACAAAAUACCGGGCCAAGAAGGCCCGCCAAGAGCACAAAGACGAUGAAUGGGAGGGUGUAUCCGGCGACGAGCAACAGUCGAGUGAUGACGACGAGGAGCUCGAGCAGGAUAGCAGCGACGACUCAGAUGAUGACGAGGACGACGAGUCUUCUGGGAGGCCGCUGGUCACAGACCUUGACGGCACAGCAAAUGGCCCAGACGGGUUGUCGAAGCGCGCCAAGAAUUUCUUCAACCAGGACAUCUUCAAAGGUAUGGAAGGUAUCCUUGACGAGGCCGAAGAAGAGCCGGAGGAUGACGACGAUGACGAUGAGAUCAUGGAAGAUCUGGACCGCCUUGCGCCGAAGAAGGCACCCAAGCCGACAGUCAGCGAGAAGAAGUCGAAGUCCACAAAGUCCAAGAAGGAAGCGAGUGAUGCGCCUGAGCUGGAUUCAGAUGACGAGGAGGGCGGUUUCGAAACCGUCAAGGAAGACGUGGACGAUUGGGAGGAUGAGGGAAAGAGAAAGGAGGACGGCACACUCGACAUCGAUAUCAUCACGGCAGAAGCCAUGACGCUAGCGCACCAGCUUGCCACUGGUCAGAAGUCGAACUAUGACCUGAUGGACGACGGCUUCAACAAGCACGCCUUCCGCGACCGCGACGGGCUGCCUGAGUGGUUCGUUGACGACGAGGGCAAGCACGAUAAGCCACACAAGCCCAUCACGAAGGCUGCAGCGGACGCAAUCAAAGAGAAGCUGCGCGCCUACAAUGCCCGGCCGAUCAAGAAGGUGCGCGAGGCCAAGGCACGCAAGAAGUUCAAGGCCGCGCAACGUCUCGAGAAGCUCAAGAAGAAGUCAGACAUGCUGGCCAACGAAGAAGGCAUGACGGAGAAGGAGAAGGCCGACAGCAUCACGAAGCUCCUGGCCAAGGCGGCCAAGAAGAAGCCCAGAGUACAACCCAAGCUGGUUGUCGCCCGCGGCCUCAACAGGGGUAUCAAGGGCCGGCCUAAGGGUGUUAAGGGUCGCUACAAGAUUGUGGAUCCUCGCAUGAAGAAGGAGUUGCGGGCGAUGAAGAGAGUCAACAAAAAGAAGUGAUAUACUCGGCAUUGUUAGCAUUUAGACAGCGGGACAAAUCUGGACUCAUGUUUUGUACACUCUUGUGAAUUCCAAGUCUGUGGUUGCAACCAGCCUGAAGUGGCAUUCGGUUUGGAGGCAAGCACAUUCAC